AUGUCGCUCCACGUCCAAGUCUUUACUGACAUACCCUACACGUCUUCGUCUACUCGCGACGCCCUGCGCGAGUUCGAUUUGUACUUGCCGCAGACGACCACCGUUCAGCUACCCCUUGUCUGCUACAUCCACGGCGGCGCAUGGCGAUCAGGUGACAAAACCAAUCACAGUGCUCUAGCGCAACGCUUGGCAUUGUCUCUUGGCUUUCCAGUCGCAGUCCCGAAUUAUCGGCUUACCCCCGCAACACCAACGCCAGAAUCCCACUUUCGUCAUCCUAAGCAUGCCGAAGACCUUCUUGAAUUCCUCGAAUUCCUUAUGACGUGGGCCGGGCCCAAAGAUGUUGUUGGUCGCGCCUUUGACCCACAAACCCUGUUCCUACUGGGCCACAGUUGCAGCGCGCACAUGCUGGCUUCCAUAUUUCUGGACUCAUCAGCAACAUCUCCUACCUUGACCCCAUCCCCAUCUUUGCUCGCCUCGGUUAAGGGAAUUGCCGUAUCCGAAGGCAUCUAUAAUAUCGACAGCCUCCUCCUUCGCUUCCCCAAAUACCGUGAAUGGUUUAUCGAGAAUGCUUUUGGCAAACACGAGACCUAUGCCCAGUUUGACGUUUCUAGGUAUCCACUGAGAUCACCUGCGAUAUUUUGGCUUGUAUUGCACUCGAAAGAAGACACUCUCGUUGAUGAGUCCCAGAGCGAAGGGAUGUACAGACAUCUCCACAACCUGUAUGGCGAAGAUAAGGAAUGCAUCUCAUUCAACGCCGACGCGCUGAAAGGAGAGCAUGACGGCAUUUUUAGCGGAGAUGAAUACCCCACAGUGAUUGGAGAGUUUGUGAGCCAUGUUCUCGGAAUUAUACAUGGUUGA